AUGCCAUCUGAACUCAUCCAUGAAGCGAGAGUAAAAGGAAUUAUCCGCGAAACAGGCGCCACACUGGCGCUGGUGUCACUCAAACAUGCCAAUAUCCUUGAAGGUCUGGGUUGUGCCGCAUUUUCAAUCUCUGAUGCCACGUUCGAAGAUCUGCCCAAAUAUGAGCCGGAGACUCUUCCAACAGUCUCGCCGGAGGACCAUGCCUUCAUUGUCUUUACCUCUGGUAGCACUGGCAAAUCCAAAGGCAUUAUUGUUGAACACCGUAACCUGGCUACCUGUGCGAGAGAUCAGUAUGGGCCCAUGGGUUACAUUCCUGACUGCCGAGUUAUUCAUUUCGCCUCCUAUACAUUCGACUUGAAGGAGCAAUGCCUCACAGACCUCGCCGGCUGCAUGCAGCAGUACCACAUCAAUUGGACCUGCCUUACACCCUCGUCGCAGCGACUUUUCCGUCCCGAAGAUGUUCCUGACCUGAAGAUUUUCUGUGUCGGCGGAGAGUCACUCACACAAGCUCACGUGGAUGUUGGGGCGAGCAAGGUCAAGUUCAUCAAUUCUUAUGGUCCGGUAGAGAGCUGUUUCUGUACAGCUGGUGUCGUCGAUCCUCAAAGAUGGCAGCCGGGCGUUGUGGGUGACAUGUUUGGCAGUCUUGCUUGGAUCACAGUAAUCAAUGAUCCCAACAACCUCGCCCCCAUUGGGGCUAUUGGGGAACUGGUUGUUGAGGGGCCUGCCAUGGCUCGUAGUUAUCUCAACAAUGAAGAGUUGACUCGCGCCAGUUUUAUUGAUGUUCCGCCUUGGCUCCAGGAUUGGCGGCCAAACAAUCAGACUGGCAGAUUAUAUCGGACUGGGGACAUGGUCAAGCUGUGCGGUCAACAUGUGGAGCUGAGCGAGGUCGAAACCACCUGCACCGAUGUUUCGAUGGAGCUCAAGAAACCGCUGCGGAAGUCAUUGUGCCUUCGGAAGGUGAAGCACGCGCAAUUUUGGUCGCUUUUUGAAAGCUUCAUUGAGACGGCAUCCCAUGCACUUGCGCCAAUCCGCGGGCGUGUGCCCGUGUACAUGAUUCCCACAGUCUUGCUGCCUCUGGUCACGAUUCCCUUGACUGGAACCGGCAAGAUCAAUCGACGAGAGCUUCGUCAAGUUGCGGCUGGUCUGACUCGUGACGAGAUCAAUUCCUACGUCCCGACAAGCGACGAUACACAAAGCAGUUUCAAGCGUCCGCCUGGCAAUGAAAUCGAGCGGCAGUUACACGUUAUUUGCGCCCAGCUUCUCAACAUUGACUUGAACACAAUCGGAAUCGAUGAUGACUUCUUCCGCUUGGGUGGUGACUCGAUCAGUGCCAUGCAGGUCGCAGCGAAAGCCAAAGCAGUCGGUCUUGCCAUUACGGCGGCAGACAUCUUGAGCCGCAAAUCUAUCGCUGGUAUGGCAUCCAGCAGUAUUAAAUCGCUCCCGGUGGUAGUGGCAGAGCAGGAUUCGAAGCUCACUACUCCUUUUGACCUUUCGUCUAUCCAAUGUUUAUUCUUUGAAACGAUCCACGAGAAUCACAGCUAUUUCAACCAAAGCUUCUCUCUUCGCCUAUCUGAGAAUGUCGAUAUUGAAAAAUUGGAUGCUGCUCUACGGGCAGUGGUAGCGCACCACGCCAUGCUUCGUGCUCAGUACCGCCGGGAUGAGAAUGAUGGCUGGGUGCAGCAAGUGCAAAAUGACAUUGAGAAAUCCUACGUCUUGGAGUCUCAUUCGACCCAAUCAACCGCUGACGCUGUUCAGAUCAUUUCUGAUAGCCAGCAGUCUCUAGAUAUCUUCAAUGGGCCCCUUCUUCGAGCUGACUUGAUUGAAACACAUGCUGAACAACAACAUCUCUUUCUGGUAGCCCAACAUCUCGUCAUGGAUCUGGAGGAGAGCUCUCGGCCUCGCCGUCUCUUCCCUUCUCGACUUGGUCUGGAAUGCAAGCGGAAUAUGACACGAAGAAGCUCUUGCCAGCAGAGGUCUUUCCUUUUUGACCUUCUAACCACUGUAGAUGGAUUCUGGGGAGACGUGGAGAACAGGAACACCUGGGGAGACAUUGCAAGUCUCUCAUUUGCCCUGGAUCAGAAUAAUACGGCUUCUUUGUACAACGGAUUCUCAUGCCUGGACGGGCUCCAAGUCACCCCUUUGGAGAUAUAUCACGCUGCUCUGCUGGUGUCCUUCAUCCACACUUUCAGGUCCCGUCCAGCCCCGAAAAUCCACUGCGAGGGCCAUGGCAGAGAGGUUUGGGAUUCGUCACUUGAUCUUUCUCGGACCGUGGGCUGGUUCACCACCAUAUGGCCUUGUCCAGUGCCUUGUGACGACACAUCAGACUUGCGGUCAGUCCUUGAAGCUGUCCAUGCAGCUCAUGCUAGAAUGCCGUUUCAUGGUUGGGGGUACUUCACCUCUCGUUACAACAACCCCGAAGGCCAAGAGGCUUUCCACUCGCCCGCCACUCCUGAAAUUGUGCUCAAUUACUCUGGCCUUUACCAGCAGCUGGAGCGAAAGGGUGCGUUGCAACAGCAAACUGAUGAGCUUGACGGAGCAAUUUCAGACAUAAUCAAGUCUGCGCGCAGAUUUGGGUUGAUUGAAGUCUCAGUGGGAGUCCGGAAGGGAUGCGUAGAGUUUGACAUCUCCUACAAUCGACACAUGGAGAGGCAAGAGGAUAUCAGGCGCUGA